AGAGGGGGAGAGAGGGAGAGCGAGAGGGAGCGAGAGGAGAGCCCGGGAGGGCGGGCAGGGCGGCAGGUGGGCUUGGGCCGCCUCGCGGGCACAGGUGAGCCCCGGGGACCUGCACAGCACCGCCCUCGGUCCCACGUGGCCCCCCUUCGGUGCCCUCUCCAAGCUACCAGACAAUGCCACAGAUGCCAGGGGAUCAGCCUGUAUGCUCUGCAUAGAAGUUGAGGGGGUCAAGAAUGAACUUUGACCUUUCCUGAUAAUGGUGGUGGAAUGACACCUCAGGACCUGGACCGAAUGCUCAGGUUGACUCAAGCUGCCCUUGGCCAGAAGCUGAGUGCUCGUUGGAAGGAGAAGGCAUCCCAGAAAAAUGUUCCCAACUCAGCUGCGGCCAGACCAAUAGUUGGGGCUCCUGACCAGAUCCGGGGACAGUGGGGGGAGUGUCAAUGGAUGCAGCUUCCUGACCAGGUUGAUCUGUCUUGGUUACCUGAGAAGUAUUUCUCUUGCCUUAAUCCCCAUCCAAGGUCCAGCGUCUCUAAACCAAUCCAAGGUCUCCCAAAGCCCGCCCUUCGGGACUCUAUUGUCUGCCAUCUGGCUCCAUCAGGCUUAGUCUUCUUUUACCCCCAGCCAACAGCAGCUUCCUUGAGGGUUCCUCUUGGAAAUCGGGCCUUUCUAAACCUUGUCUCUCUUUGCCAGGUACUUACUGCUCCGCUGAAGUCCAUUCCUAUGCAGGCUAGAACCGAACUGGAGGACCUCAGGGAAGUGAGGGGCAAUGGAGCUGGUGGCUCUCAUGCACCUCUGCUCCUGGCGGGAGAACGCCCAGCUCCCUGUCUUCUCCCCAGGCCUCCGGAGCCCAUGUACCUCCACUUAUCCAGCAAGCACAAAAUGUUCCUAGAUGAGGAGCCACUGGUAAAGCGGAGACGGUCCCAGAAGCCAGCGAUGGCCUCUGACUCUUACAAGAGGGCAGAGUUGGCUGCCCUCCGCCAAGAAAUGGAGAGCAGCAGAGGUGAAUCUGACCUUGAGAGAAGCCUUCUCCCAGAGGCAGGCCAGAGUAGCAGUGAGGCUUGGGUGGCACCUGCCGGAGAGCAAGGCCCAGGCCAAGCAUCCCUGGUGAGCGUCCGAGAGGACGCGGUGCCUGGGAAGCGCCCCGAGGAGCUCGGAAAUCAGCGGUCAUCCUUGAUGGCUGACGUGGCCAAAGGUUGGCCACCUUCGAGCCGAAGCUCUUUGGUGGCAGAGCAGAGCAGAGCGCCACCACAGGAAGUGGCCAAAGGCCCCUUUGUGGCUGUGGUUGGGAUCACUGAAGCCGUCAUGGACGGCGGGGCUCCCAUCCAGCUGAUUCCAUUCGGUCGAGAGGAGAGAGCUGAGCACAGACGGGGGGCAGAAGACCGGAGCCAGAUCCGUGCCAUGCCCAGCAGUGAGAAAGGGGAAGCUGGGGAUAAUGGAGCUCUGAGUCAGCCCAGGGCCAAGGACCAGAAGACUGAGAGACGACUGGAAAGCAUCUUGUCAGAAAGGGAUCUGCUGCAGCAGAAGGUUCAGGAGCUAGAAGAGGAGAAGAACCAUUGGCAGACCGAGUUCGAGAGAACCCAGCAUGAACUGAUGACCCUCCGGGCCCGUGAGAGUGAGAGCCUGUACUGGAGCAAGAAGCACAUGGGCUACCGCCAGGCUGAGCUGCAGGUGCUCAAGUCUGAGCUGGAGAGAACCCUGGAGGAGAAGACGGAGCUCAAGGAGAGGUUGAAGGCCACAGAGAUGCGCGUGGAGGUUCUGCGCCAGGCUCAGGGCUCCUACCAGAGCCUGGAGGGAGAAGAUAGGAGGUUGUUACCAGGGUUUGUUGGUCUUUGGUGGGGAAUGCGCCAAGCCCUUGCCCAGCUCUAGCUCCCGUACUUGAAUUCCUCCAGCUUUUGUUUGGGGGAGGUGGGGUAAUGCAGUAGCUAGGGAACUGACCCCGAAGACCUGGGGACAAGUCCGGCCUCCCAC